AUGGCUAAAUUGGGUUCUUUUAUUCGACGUAUAUUUACUUCAUUCACUUCUGAUAAUGAUUGUUCAUCAUCACCAAUUCCGGAUUCUCGAAAAAGUAUAGUAGUUAUAUCAUCAUUAACACCAUCAUCGCAAUCAUCAGUACCUACAACAACAAAACUAUCUCAAUUAACUGCACAUACGAGUCUAUCAUGUUCAACAUCACCUCGUGCCAUAACAAAACAAACAACGAUGCAAAUUGAUAGUAAUAAGAAUGGGAAUUCAAACUCAAAUUUUCUUUCAUCAAAUAUCAAUAAAUGUAUUAAUCGUCGUCUAAGUGCUCCUCUUACUAUUCAUGCAUCAGCUCAUCAUCAUCGUCAAUAUCGUUCGGCUAUAGUUGAUGAAACUAUCGAACAAGCAUUAAUUUCUCCAUUACAACGUCUCUCAUUGUCAUCGACAGCAGGAACUUCUGCCUAUAAUAAUAAUAAUAGUGUAAACAGUUUAGGUGCUAGCGGUGGUUCCGUAAGUGGAUCACCAUAUAAUGAUGCUCAUUCAUCAUCGCUCAAUUUAUCAUUAUCGAAUUCGAGUUUUUUGCCUAGUUCAUUAAAUCAUAUUUCAUCAACAUCCGGCACACCACCUACACAAUUUACCGUUGGUCCAUCAUCAUCAUCACCACGUGUUAGUCUUCAAUCAAAUAAUUCAGCAUCACCUAAUAGUGAUAAAAAUAUGUCUUCACAAACACGAGGACGACGCCCAUCGAUGUUUGACCCAAUUGAUCCAAAAGAACUACAACAAGCAUUAUAUGCUUCUGCAGCUGCUAAAGCAAAUCUUCCAUCAAAUCCAUCAAAUGAAGAUGAAUUAACACGACCAUUAUCUCGUAUAACUAUUAGUUAUGAUCGUGAUAUUGAACAUGUUUUUAUUGAUACAUUAUCAUUUGAAAAUUUACAACUUCUUGAUAGUUAUGUUAAUAAUAAUAAUAAUACUAUUGAUUUUAUAUCAUUUUAUUGUCGUUUUCGUUUAUUACCAGAAAAACGUACUUUAUUUCAAACCAAAAUUGUUCGUUUAACACGUCUUCAAUCAUCAUAUUUAUUUGAUAAAAAACAAUUAAAUGAAUUUGAAUUAUCCUAUGAUCAAUUAAAUAAUCAUUCUAUUGAAAUAUUUUUAUAUAAAAUAAGUACAAUUAAACCUUUAUAUAAAGAUAUUCGUAUAGGUACAGUUAAAUAUGAUUUAAAUGAAUUAUCUGAAAUGGAUCAAAGUCGUAUGAAAAAACCAUUAGAGGAAUGUGAUUCAUCAUCAAUCAUACAGGAUCCUGAUUUAGGCGAAUUACUUGUAUCUUUGUCUUAUCUACAGAGUGCUGCUAAAUUAGCAGUUGUUAUUAUUGAAGCUAAAAAUUUACGACCAUUAUCAAUUGAAACAAAACCAUAUCCUGAUGCUUGUGUUAAAGUAACAUUAUAUGAUCGUAAUGGAAAAAAAAUGAAACGUAAAAAAACUAGUGUACAACGUACAUCAGAUUGUCCAACAUUUAAUGAAGAACUUGUUUUUGAAUUACGUCGUGAUAUUGCAUCUGAAGUUACUAUUGAAUUACGUCUUGUACAUGAAUCAUUAUCAUAUAAAGAACAACUUGGUUCAGUUAUAUUUGGUCCUGUUAUUAAUCAUACAAUGAAAGGACCACUAUGUCCAGAAAAUGUUUAUUGGUCAACAGUAUUAUCUGGUCAAUCUCUUAAUGCACAAUGGCAACUAUUAAAACCAUCGAUAAAGAUCGAUGAAUCAAAGUGA